UUUUUGUUCAGUGCCAUUCUUCGUAAUCUCUAUCUUCCUUCUUCAUUCUGCAUUCUGCAUUCUGCAUUUUUCAUUCUUCAUUCUUCAUCCUUCAUACUCCACUCAUGGCUACACUCACCAACAAUUUACUAUUCAAAUCCCCCGUCUCCCUUUCCCCACACCCAAAGCUUCUUCCUCUUCUUUCUCAUGCCUCUACUCUUCCUUUUCUACCCAAAAUACCAUCACGGAUAUCAACCACCCCCAACUAUAAUCGGUCACCGUUAAUCCCCAGAGCCACGGCGGCUCCAGGCGCCAAGAAAGCAGAAAAGAAAGAGAGAGUUCAGCGGGUGCACAGCAUCGAGGAGUUUGAUUCGGCGCUUGAGUCCGCCAAAGAGAGGCUGGUGGUGGUGGAGUACGCGGCCAGCGACAGCGAGGAGAGCAGCCAGAUAUACCCUUUCAUGGUGGAGCUGAGCCGCAGCUGUAGCGACGUGGAGUUCAUCCUGGUAAUGGGGGACGAGUCGGCUCAAACAAAGGAGCUCUUGAAGAGAGAGAAGGUGGAGAAUGUGCCUCACUUCAGCUUCUACAAGAGCAGGGAGAAGAUCCACGAAGAGGAAGGCAUCGGUCCAGACAUGCUGGUGGGUGACGUGCUGUACUACGGGGACAGCCACUCGGCGGUGGAGCAGCUGCACAGCGUGGAGGACGUUCAGAAGCUCAUAGAGGAUCACAAGGUGGACCACAAGCUCAUCGUGCUGGAUGUGGGACUAAAGCAUUGUGGACCCUGCGUGAAGGUUUACCCCACGGUGGUUAAGCUGUCCAGGCAAAUGGACUCGGUGGUGUUCGCUCGGAUGAACGGGGACGAGAACGAAAGUUGCAUGCAGUUCUUGAGAGACAUGGAAGUAAUUCAGGUCCCCACUUUUCUGUUCAUCAGAGACGGCAACAUCGAGGGCAGGUACGUCGGUUCCGGCAAAGGGGAGCUCAUCGGCGAAAUUCUCAGGUACCAGGGUGUUCGUGUCACUUAUUAAUUUUAAUUUCUCGAUCAUUCAGUACAUAUGUAAUGCAUGCUUAGCUAUCUGUGUUGUCAAGUUCAUUUCAAGAGACA